AACAUGCAAAGAAUAAAAUGUACAGAUUAAUGUAUCUUAGACUACUGUUCAUUUUCCAAAGCAGGCCCUGACUAUGUUGCUUGAGCAACAACUGAUAUAAUCUAACUAAACAUUUCAUUAAAUUUUGUUCUUUCCAUCUUCAUGACAUUGUAUUUGAGGUUUUCCUGAGGUAUGGUAUGGUAUGGUAUGAUAUGGCAUUUUGCAAAAGCAGUUGAGAGGAACAGUCUAUCUACUAGUUAGCCAGUUGCUGAUAAUAAAACAGGCACAAGGCUGUAACUAGUUCAUACGCCUAAAUCUUACUCUAACUAGUUGUACCCUUUAUUCAUAAUGCAGAACCUUAUUAUAUUAUCAGCAGGAACGGCUAGUUAUUGUCUUAAAUACUUUCUUUUUAGCUUGCUAAAUCAGCUGGUUUAGUCUAUACUGCUGUUGUUUUCACAUUGUGAACUUGACUCCCUCUGUGGCACAGCCCAAUGAACUUCUUAAAUGAGAAGAUCCUUAAAAGGAAUUUUGUUGAUAUAAAAUUAUUUUCAUAGUGAUAAGUGUUUGUCAUGAUUUUCAAUUUUUCUUCUUAAUGAAAAGUUAUGAUUGAUUAUCAUUGAUACUGAGAAACUGCUAAGAUAGUAAAACUCCUGGUUGUUGAUAAGGUGUAUUUUGUGCUUUUAGACAGCUUCAAGAAUUCUGAGUUCUCAUUUGGCUUAGGUUUAUCUGGUUAGGUACAAACAAUCAUUUAAAACCUUUCUAGAUAUAAUUCUACUUUUGCACAGUUUAUUUUUUAAAAACAAAUAAAGUAAUGAAAAAUAUGCACACUAGAUUGAGACCUAGGAUGGGGCAUUUAGGCAUGUUUUCUUCUCUGGUAGAAGUUGACUGAAAAAGAUUUACAAAUUAGAGUUUCUGCACUGCCCCAAUCAUGUAGGACUUUGGAGUAGAAGCUUGUGACUAGAAUAUGAAAGUAGACCAUCCAAUAAACUCGUAUAGAUGAUAAUCAUUUCCUUGGGUUUUGCAUUUCAACCAUUUUUUCCUUAUGACACUGUUCAAACAAAUCUAUAAAGAUUAAGAACAUAGAAUUAAAUCGGUUUGUUUACUAUGUGAUCUAUAUAUAUUAAUUAUGUAUGAAUAUUAUUACAUUUAUGUAAAAAUAAUAAUAACUAAACAUUGAAUUUAUAAUUUCUAUUUGGUUAUUUAUCAUAGAAAUAAAAAUUUCAAAAUUUGCUUAAAUCGGCUAGCUCUUAAUCAUUAGAGAAGAUAAUGAUAUUCUGAUUUAGAUUCAAUCAAGAUACAAAUAGAACUUGGGCUGGCCUAUUAACCAAAUACAAUAGGACUUGGGCUGCCCCAAGUAUAUGACCAUUAACCACCUUUAUAUGUGCAACGUUGCAAAUCCAACAAAAAGGAUUAGUGCUAUCUGUCUCAGAAAAUAGAUCAUAGAAUAGAAUUGUUACUUUGUUCUGCAUGUCUCUAGCGUACGUUUGGAAUAUUAAUGGAAGAAAUCAAAACAGCAGCAGACACAGAGAAUUGCUUGCAGAAAACUCCAACUAAUGGGAAAGUAGUAGUGGGUGUCGGAGGCAUAUGGAUUUAAAAAUUAAAAUUAAAAUAAAAGAGAAGUAUAUGUAAGUCUAAGUUGGCAAGCAAAGCAUAAAUAUUUUCCUUAGUCUACUUGCUUCUCUCAUUACACAUAUGUCUAAGUUGGCAAGCAAGCAUAAAUAUAUGUCUUUGUUUACUUACUUUUUUUAUUCCACAUAAGUCUAAGUUGGCAAGAAAGCAUAAAUGCCUUGUCUUGCCUACUUGCUUAUGUUUUUUUGGACAAUGGCAUGAUAAUCCUAUAUAUAGUAGUAGUUAUAGAUGAGUUCAAUAUGAAGUUAGCUUUAACAAAAUUGAAAUUGAGGCUAACUUGGAAGCUUUUCAAGAUGUGUUUUGAAGCCAAAAUUUGAUUCUUUUUAUGGUGUGACUGUGCAUGCAAUAGAAGAUGGAGCUUCAACAUUUUUGCCAUCCAAAGCAUCCGUUGAUCUUUAAUGAAGAGAAAAUUUAUGAUAAAUACUGUUAUGGGUGCCAGGAACCAAUAUUGGAUUCUAGCUAUAGUUGUAUAAAAUGCAAAGAUUAUAAGUUCUACCAUCAUAAAUCAUGUGCAGAACUACCCCUUAUGUUUCACCAUCCCUUGCACCCAAUACAUCCUCUUAUUCUCAUUAAUGAAUCAACGCGUCAUCCUGAGAAAGAAAUUAGCAGAUGUGAACUUUGCAAAGACUAUUGUGGUGAAUAUAGUUAUCAUUGUUACCGUUGCAACUUUAAUCUUCAUAUCAGUUGUAUUGUUGUACAACUCGAAGCCAAAUUCCACGACCACCCAUUGACUCCCAUUGGCAAGUCAAUUAUAUUCACUUGUGACAUUUGUGGCAAAGAAGACAAGGAUGUGCCCAAUCUGUGUGCCCCAUGUAGUUUUUGGAUUCAUAGAAAGUGUGGCCGUUUCCCACACAAAGUGAAAGUUGUACGUCACAAGCAUCUCCUCCACCUUACCCAUUCUUCUCUUGAACUCCAUCAAUUUGACUCCCGAUUUUGUCAACUCUGUGUUAGAGAAGUGAACAUUAAGUAUGGGCUUUACUAUUGCUCCAGAUGCGAUUUUGUUGCUCAUCUCAAUUGUGCUAUAGCUAAGGAAAAUAGGGAGGAUAUAAAUUUGCUAGAAUUUAAAGAUGAAGAUGAUGAUCCAGAGUUCGAUGAAUUCAUUGACUUAGUAGCUUACAAAGUCAAAAAAACCAAUGUGGGGGAGGAUGGAACUGAAAUAGCCACAGAAAUCGAGCACUUCAGUCAUGAGCAUGACUUAAAGCUUACUAAUGAGGUUUUGAAUAACAAAAAAUGCAAUGGGUGUGUACGAGACAUUCUUCCUCCUUUUUACAAUUGUGCCAAGUGCAACUUCUUUCUUCAUAAAUCUUGUGUUGAAUUACCCAAAAAAAGACGGCACCCACUUCAUGAACACCCACUCACCCUCCUCUCAGUGGCAUCUAAUAAGAGAAAGUUUUUUUGGUGUUAUGCUUGUAAGCGUUUUUGCAAUGGCUUCACCUAUUUGUGUGAGACAUGCGAUUUCAAACUUGAUGUUCCAUGUAGUUUGGUCCCAGAGAUACUUACCCACCCUGGUCAUGAGCAUCGACUUUUUCUCUCUAGCAUUCCAUCUGAUCAAAAUUGUAACUGUUGUGAUUCUAAAGUUUUCCCAAUAUUUCGUUGUACCAUUUGUGAAUUUGCACUAGACUUCAAAUGUGCUACACUACCACUUUUUACAAGGUACAAACAACAUGAGCAUCCCUUCACUUUAUGUUAUACUACUGAAGAUGACUCUGGUGAAUACUAUUGUGAAAUUUGUGAAGAAGAACGAGACCCAAAGCAUUGGUUCUACUAUUGUGUAGAUUGUAGUUAUCCUGCUCAUCCCAAAUGUAUUCUUGGGAUAUACCCAAAUAUCAAGUUACACAAAUAAUGGUCACUUGUUUGGAAGUGCUUAGAUUUCAUUGAGAAAACUAAAAAUCAUCCUCAAUG